GAUAUUCGCAACAGACUCAACCGAGAAUCGAAGACAUCGAUUUGUCUCGGGUCGAUUUCUGAACACAUGCGGACUGGUCGACCCUGGCGACUGGAUUCUGACGGUCCAUGUCACGGGUGGCUUUUAUAGAUCGCUGGACCUACUGUCGGAGAUGUUUGAGAGCGCAGGCGGAAGUGUCCUUGCUGCAGGACCGACACACGAUGCCCGUUCCAAAUGUCGUCGACGCACUUAUCAAGUAUCGUGUCAAUGUCCUCAGUGGUGGGAGUAGUCAGAUCUUACAGGUUAUCAGCUACAUUACCUCCCUGGAGCAGGAAAAGCGAGAUGCACUCAAAAUCAACAAGAUCAUCUUCACUUCCCAGGUUCUUGGUCGUCCUCAGCGAGACUUUAUCCGAUCCGUCUUGGGCCCGGUGAAUAUCUGUUCGGUGCUUGGAAGUGCUGAGGCUGGUCCUUGGGCGAUUGCCAAUCUAGCACUCACCGGGGAACCGGGAGACGAUGCAAUCGAGUACAUCUACGAUACGCGGAAGAUGGUUAUCGAGGUGCUUCCGCUCGAGGCCACGGAUAGCAAUUCUGCUCAAUAUUUGACAGAGCUUCCUCAAGGCAGUGUGGGCGUUAUCGUACAGACUUCCCUACAGCGUCUGAGAAACCCCCAGGUCCGGUACAUCACUGGCGAUGUUGAAUCUCUUUAUCCGUUGUCUGCUUCCGUGAGAGACGCUGUGCCUGCCGAAGAAGCGCCGUACUUGAGAAUGAUCCGGGUCUGCGGACGUGAUAAGCGUUUCAGCUUUAAGUGGGUAGGGAGAUACUUCGAAUUCCACACCAUCAGGGAGACCAUGCGCACCAGCAACUGGGAAGUUCUGCAGUGGCAGCUUAUAUUGAGUGUUAAAAAGCCAUCGCCAGAAAUGAUUCUGGAAGUUCGCCUCUUGCGUGCCGCAACUGACAACCAGAGUUCCGAAGAAGAAUUGACUGAGAAGCUCAAAGAGGUAUUUGUUGUUGUUCGCAACAGCGAACAUCUGUUCAAGGUCACUUUUGUAGGAGAUGAUCAAGUCUCCCUCCUUCAUCCAUUCAAGGAUUGCUUCUUACCUGAAGUACAGGGCGUAUAAGAAAUAAUCCAGUCAGCACUCGC